AUGGGCUCUGAAUUACAACUGUACAGUUCCCGCCAGCUCAAGGUGUCAGUGCAUAAGGGAUGCCUCCUAUGGAGUAGUCUGGUUGUGAUUCUUCCCAAGCUGCAGAAAUGGGUGCUUGAGGCGCUUCAUGUCGAGCACCCUGGCAUUAUAAAGAUGAAGGCCCUGGCCAGAAGCUACGUUUGGUGGCCGGACUCUGCUAUUGAGGAAUUGGUCCAAAUGUGCCAGCCCUGCCAAGAGUCUUGCCCAGAGAUGCCUCAAGCACCGGUCCAGGCAUGGGGGACAACGCGGACACCAUGGUCACAGCUCCAUAUUGACUUUGCGGGACCAAUUUAGGGGUGCAUGUUCCUGAUCAUAGUGGACUCUUACUCUAAAUGGCUGGAAGUCAUCCCCAUUUCUGCAAUGACCUCUACCAGCAUCAUCCACACAAUCAGGUGCCAUUCUACAUAUGGCAUUCCCGACACUAUCGUGUCUGACAAUGGCAUGCAGUUCAUUUCAAGGGAGCUCCAGCAGUUCCUUGAUAGCAACGCCAUCCAGCAUCUUACAUUGGCACCAUUCCAUCCAUCCACCAAUGGGCAGGCAGAGAGGAUGGUGUGAACGGCCAAGGAAUCACUGCGCAGACUAGGCAAUGGGGACCUGAACCUGCGGCUGAUAGAACUUCUUUAGAGGCAGCAUAUCACUCUGCAUGCCACCACUGGUCAGAGCCCAGCCAAGCUGCUUAUGGGAUGGCAGCUGACAACUCUACUCAACCGCCUGCACCCUGACUUCACCCCGGAUGUCAAGAGAGAGUUCGGGGCCUCUGAGGCGCCUCGAAGGUUCCAGGAAGGUGACCUUAUGUAUGCACGGAACUACGGAAGUAGGCCUAUGUGA